UUAUCUUAAAUAUGAGUAAUAGAAUAAAGAAAGAAGGAUUCUAUUAUAUAUGUCCUAUUGUAAAAAUAACUGAAAGUUUUCGAAAAGAAUUGAAUAUAGUUUUAGAUAAAUUCAAAGCAAAAAGUAUUGAGUUAGAAGAAGCGCAUAAAUUAUUUCAAAUUAAAUAUGACAAACAUGAGCAUCGGCAUUUAAAGAUUUCCUACGAAAAAGCUCUUAUACAAAAUUUAACAACGCAAUUUAAUAAUUUCGCGCUUAACGACAAAUACAACGAAAAUUAUGCGCAAAGGUUGAAAUUGCCUGUAAUGAAGGCUGCGAAUAUCAUAAAAGAGGCGGUAACAACAAAUAACAUCAUAUUGGUGCUAGGAGAUACUGGUUGCGGCAAAAGUACACAAAUUCCGCAGAUUAUUUUAGAUAUGUAUUUAGAAAAUGGCAAAGCAGAUGAAUGCAGAAUCGUAUGCACGCAGCCACGACGCAUUCCUGCUAUAUCAAUAGCUCAAAGAGUCGCGGCAGAGAGAUGUGACAAGAUAGGAAAUUCAGUUGGAUAUCAAAUUCGUUUGCAAAAUAUUUCUCCGAGAGGUCCUGGUUCCAUCCUCUACUGUACAACAGGUGUUUUGCUCCAUAGAAUGCAAAUGAACUUCUUAUUAAACGAUUUUAAUGUUGUUAUCAUAGAUGAAGUUCAUGAACGAGGAAUAGAAGUAGAUCUUCUUUUAGGGCUGCUUAAGCGGAUCAUUGAAAUCAGAAAAGAAUUGAAGUUUAUUUUAAUGAGCGCGACUGUUGAUGAAAAAUGUUUUAUAGAAUACUAUAAACAUUGUAAAGUUUUGAGAAUAGAAGGUACUAUGCAUCCUGUCAAAAGCAUUUAUUUGGAGGACAUAUUAGCAGAAUUAAUAGCAAAAGGAACUUCGUUUAAAAAUUUUUUCAACAAGGAUAACUUCAGCGAUUCUCAUUACAGAAAUAUGAUAAUGCCUCAUAUGAAUAAUAUUAAAAAAACGCACGGUCAACGCGUAGCUGAUAUAUUACAAUAUCCAGAUUCUGAAGGCUGUUCAUCAAUAAAAUUAAUAGAAUGCUUAAUAUAUCAUAUAUGUGAGCAAACGGAUUCGGGCGCAAUUUUAGUAUUUUUACCCGGAAUACGGAUAAUUACUGAUUUAGGUAGAAUUCUGCGCAACAAUAAAAUAUACCAAAAUAGAAUAGUAGUAUAUUAUUUACACUCUACAUUAUCAAUUGCUAAGCAGCAAUUAGUAUUUAAAAUUCCUGAGAAAGGUGUACGAAAAAUAAUAUUGUCAACAAGUAUUGCCGAAACAUCAGUUACAAUUGAAGAUAUUGUAUAUGUUAUUGAUAGUGGACGAAUAAAAAUUAACGAAUACGAUGUUAGCACCAAUAUUGCUAAUCUACGAGAAACUUGGGUGAGCAAAUCCAAUGUUAAGCAGCGGCGAGGUCGCGCUGGUCGUUUAAAAGCUGGUUACUGCUAUCAUUUGUAUACUAGAGCGAGGGAAAACACUAUGCCUAUGCAAAUUCCGCCCGAAAUAACUAGAACACAGCUGCAAGAUGCUAUACUUCGUCUAAAAUUUUUCGCUAUAGAUAACGUAAAGGAGUUUUUUUAUAAUCUUAUGGAUCCACCGUUCGCCAAGGCAGUUGACAAUGGUAUUGAAUUAUUAAAAGUAAUUGGUUGUUUAGAUGAAAAUGAAAAGCUAACACCUAUGGGGUCCUGUAUUGCAACUAUACCUAUUGAAGUACAGUUAGCUAAAAUGAUCUUAUAUGGCGCCAUUUUCAAAUGUCUAGACCCAGUAACGACCAUUGCAGCAAGCUUCCUCUACAAGUCUCCGUUUGAGGAAGAAGAGAGAGGCAACGAGGUAUAUUAUACGAAAUCGAAGUUUGCUGAGGAUUCAUGUAGCGAUCUAAUCUUGCUACAUAACAUAGUUCGCAGUAUGCGUAAAGGCAUAAAGUUAGACGAACAUGCAGUUAACCAAGCAAUAAUGGAUGAUAUUAUAGAAACGAAAAAGCAACUUACAAGUUCGCUUUCAGUAUCAGGAUUCACAAAAACAUCUGAUAGUAGUGAAGCUGAGUUGAAUAUAAAUUCAAAUAACUUAAGCAUUGUUCGUUCUGUUAUUGCUGGUGCACUCUAUCCUAACAUAGUACUCCUAUUAAGAACACAUUCUCGUGGAAACAAAGUAUAUACCUCACAAGAGUUAGACACUACAGAAUAUAAAAGAGUACAUUUCUGUAAAAAUUCUAUAAAUUCUGGAAGACGUUCAUUUAUGUCUAAUUUCUUCGUUUAUUACAAAAUAUGUGGGAAUAGAAUUGAUGAUUCCACAAUGGUCUCGCCAAAUUCCUUAUUAUUGUUCAAAGAAUUAGGAGAGAAUAUUAAAAUAAGUGAUAAUGAAUGCACAAUAAUAGUGCGUGGCUCAUUAAAGUUUACUAUGGAGAUAUCUACUUAUAAAUGCCUCAUUAAAUUAAGAAAGAUGUUUAAUAAAAUAGUUGAAGCCAAAUGUCUAGGAGUGAAAAUGGAUAAUGAGGAAGACAUCUUAAGUGCCUGCUGCAGAUUUCUAAGUUCAAAUGAAGAUGAGUUAGACGAGAGUUAAUUCAAUGAGUCGACUGUUCAUCUUUAUCUAACAAGU